AUGACGUUAGCGCCUAUCCCGGCGGGACGGCCCAGCGGCCGUAAUCGCGUCGCGGACCAUGUGCGUUGCAUCGGCGCCGAAACCCGCGACAGCAGCCAGCCAGUGCGCCGUCUGAUCAUCAGCAAGGUGGUGCUUCGCAACUUCAAGAGUUACGGCGGCACCACCGUGAUCGGCCCGUUCCACAAGCGUUUCACGUCCAUCGUGGGCCCCAACGGCUCCGGCAAGAGCAACGUCAUCGACGCGAUGCUGUUCGUUUUCGGCUUCAGGGCGAAGCAGAUGCGUUUCAGCAAGUUGUCUGACCUCAUCCACAACUCGCAGGCGUACCUGCAGCUCAACAAGGGUCGUCCGCUUGACUCGAUGGAGGUGGCUGUGCACUUCUGCGAGAUCAUCGACCGUGACGCGGAUUGCGAUGAGUUCGAGGUGGUGCCUGGCAGCGAGCUGGUGAUCUCCCGUGAGGUGCACCGCGACAACUCGUCGCGCUAUCGCAUAAACGGCCGCACUGCGACGCAGAAGGACGUUUCCAACUCUCUGAAGUCCUUCGGGAUGGACCUGUACAACAACCGUUUCCUGAUAUUGCAGGGUGAGGUUGAGCAGAUUGCGCAGAUGAAGCCGAAGGCCACGAAGCCCGAGGAGGAGGGUUUGCUGGAGUACCUGGAGGACAUCAUCGGUACGAACCAGUACCUGGAGUCCAUCAAGGGCGCUCAGCGGUGCCACGAGGAGCUGCAGGAGCAGUACCAGGAGCGGUUCAACCGAGCGCGCGUUGCGCAGAAGGAUGUGGAGGACCUGCUGGAGGCCAAGCGCGAGGCCGAUGCGUACCUGGCGAGGGAGAAGUCGUUGCUGGUCGCGCAGGCCGUGCUGGCCAGGAAGGAGCUGUCCCUCCUCGCCGACCAGCAGGUGGAAACUGCCGGCAAGCUGGCGAGCCUGGAGGAGCGGUGCAGCAGCGCCACUGCGGAGCUGGAUGCGGUGCGCCAGGAGCGCGACACGGCGCUGGAGGCCAUAAAGGGCGUGGAGUGUGAGCUCGCCGAGGCGAGCCGAGCGCACAAGCGCCUCAUGGGCAACCUGCAGCGCAUGAUUGCGAGGGACGAGGAGCUGCGCAAGCAGCUGCUGCGCGAGGUGACUAAGGUGGAAGAGAAAACCGCCGGGAUCAAGCGCGCCAACAGCAACAAACCUAAGCUCGAGCGCGAGUUCCAGGAUAAGAUGAGGCAAAGCGAAGAGCUGCUCAAGCAGCUACCCGGCGUUCAGGAGGAACUGGACGGCGCCGAGCGGGCGCUCGAGUCGCUCACGGAGGCGUUGAAGCCCGAGCUGCUCGAGGCGAACCGGCAGCUGUCGAAGCACGAGUCUGAGCUGGCGCCUCUGCAGCAGGCGUGCGACCAGGCGCAGAAGGAGGUGAGGGUGCUGAAGUCGUCGAUCGACCUGCUGGAGACCAAGCGCAGGGGCGCGGCUGAUACGCUCAAAACGCUGAAGGACAUAGAAACCAAGCUCUCCAAAUCGCUACGGGCGCACAGCGAUGACCUUGCACGGCAGGAGGGCGAGCUAACGACGCAGCGUGCCCUGUACGAGAGCAACAAGCGCCAGGUCGCGGAGCUCGAGUCCGCCGUGCAGGCGAGGUCGCACCGGUGCACGCAGCAACGCGGGGAAUACGAAAGCAUGAAACGCGAGCUCGAUGAGAUGAUGGGGUGCAAAGACCAGUACGGGUACAUCAUGGGCCUCGUGGCCACCGGUAAGAUCAGGGGCGUGCACGGGCGGCUCGGCGACCUGGGAUCGAUACCGCCCGAGUACGAGCGCGCGUUCAUGGCCGCGUGCGGCGUCAAUGUGGACGUGCUCGUGGUGGAUACCCCCGAGGUUGCUUCGCGGGUGUUCGACGAGCUCCGGAAGCGCAACUUGGGCCGGAGCUACGCGAUGGCGCUGAGCGUGCUCAACCACGACCUCAAGAGCCAGAUGGAGGCCUUCGAGCGCAACUCGCAGGGCGACCUUCCCGCUGGUGUGCAGCACCUGAUCCACCUGGUGACCCCCAGCGACCCCAGGUACAGGGUGUGCUUCUACUCGGCGCUGCGGGAGACGCUGAUUGCGCCUGACCUGGACGUGGCCAUUCGCGUGGGCUACCAGCAGCGGCGCCGCGUGGUGACCCUGAACGGCGAGCUGGUAGAGACCGACGGGCGCAUGAGCUGCGGAGGCAUCCGGUCGCCGAAGAGCGGCGGCAUAAACACCAGGGCCGACGGCGGCAGCGUCGCGCAGUGCGGUAGGGCCGUUUUGGACGCGUCGCAGCUGGAGCAGUUUCUGAAGGCGGUCGAGAAGGAGGAGGCGGAGCUGAAGGCCCUGAGGGCCCAGCUGGCGGAGCUCACCGAGCGGCAGGGCAUGCUCUCGAGGACCAUCAGCGAGCUGCAGUACGGCGUGGAGAUGCUGAAGCACACCGUGGUGAACGAGGAGCUGCAGCUGGCUGAGCUUUCGGAGCGAAUGGGCGCCACAGGCGCCGACGAGCGGGCGUCGCUGGACGCCGAGACGCUGGCCGCCAUGCGGUCGGAGCUGGAGGCCAAGGAGCAGGCCGCCGCUGCAGCUGCCGCGAAGGUGUCGGCGCAGGAGAAGUUCGUGGCUGAAGCGUACGCUGCGGUCGACCGGGUGGGCAAGGGCAGGCUGAAAUCCGCGAAGGAACGCGUCGCGGACCUCGAGUCCAAGCUGUCCGAGAUGCGCUCCGCCAUCGAGCGGCUGCGCAAGCAGGCGGCGUCGCUGCAGGCCGACGCGGACAAGUGCACGCGCGACACCGAGAAGCUCACUAAGGAGAUCGAGCAGCACAAGGUGCGUGAAGGCGCGCUGGAACGGGAGCUCAACGAGCUCGAGGAGGAGGCCGCUGGCGUCACCAACGAGAUGAACGGCGUGAGCACGCAGAUGGAGGGGCUGAACGCCAAGCUCAAGGAGCUGAACGAAGGCCUCGCUGCGCGUAACCGGCGCAUUGAGGAGCACGACCUGAAGUUCGUCGACCUGCGGCACAGCAUCGAGGAGCUGUCCAAGAAGCUGCAGGCCUGCGAGCACCAGCGCGAGGACCGCCAGGCGAAGCUCCGCGGUAUUCUGGAGGCGUACCGCAAAACGCGCGCCCUCAUCCAGCGCAGCAACGAGUCGCAGCAGCUCCUUUCCAGCAAUGCGCCGCCGCGUCAUGCGGAUGCUCCCGGCAGCGACGGCGCGGAUGACGGUGGUGCCGACAAACGGGACGCCGGGGGAAGCGGGAGCGGCCAAACCAGCGCCAAACACAUGUCUCACGGCCAAGUAGCCGUAAAGCGCGAGGCCACCAACGAGGGCGGCGGCGGCGGCGCGGCGGAAUCGGAUGAAGACGACCCCGCCACCAGCCCUAGCGACGCCGCGCUGAUCCCGCUGAACGUCAACGUCCUGCGCGAAAAGGUCGAGAUGCUCAAGAAGCAGGUUGGCGCGGUGCCCAACCUCGGGGUGCUGGACGAUUUCGGUGUCAAGGCGCACGAGUACGGCCGCAAGCGCCACGAGCUGUGCUGCAUACAGGAACGGCGCGACGAGGCGAAGCGCACCUUCGACCAGCUGUGCUUCAAGCGCAAGAACGAGUUCCUGCUAAACUUCGCGAUCAUCGCUGCCAAGCUGAAGGAGAUUUACCAGUCCAUCACCCUGGGCGGCGACGCCGAGCUGGAGCUGGUGGACUCCACUGACCCCUUCACCGAGGGGAUUUUGUUUUCGGUGCGCCCCGCGCGUAAGAGCUGGAAGCAGAUCCAGAACCUGUCGGGCGGCGAGAAGACGCUGAGCUCGCUGGCGCUGGUGUUCGCGCUGCAUCACUACAAGCCGAACCCGGUUUACUUCAUGGACGAGAUCGACGCCGCGCUCGACUUCCGCAACGUGAGCAUCAUCGCGCAGAACAUCAAAGAGCGCACCAAGGACGCGCAGUUCAUCAUCAUUUCGCUGCGCAGCCAGAUGUUCGAGCUGUGCAACCAGAUGGUCGGCAUCUACAAGACGGCGGACGUCACCAAGAGUGUGUGCAUAAACCCCGCGUCGUUCGACGUGCGCAAGCGCACGCUCGAGGGCGAAUCCGCAACCAGCACGUAA